CCGGUUCAUGUCUUAUUUACUUCUACUUCUGGCAUCGGCGAGUGAUCAACAAGUGAACACACUAUUUCAUGUGGAAGUAAAAUCAUCUCUUUCACAAUUCAAUCUUGUUGUUUUCUCAGUUAUCUUCUCCUCAGUACUCUUCUCUCUGCUGUCAGAAAAUGUUUCCAAUAUUCACAGUAAAUACUCCAAUGAGUGAAACAAAGGAUGCAACUAAACUACUACAUAACACAAAUAAAGAGGUGGCAGAUGCGAUUCCUGAAUCAGUCGUAAUCGAGAAUAAUGAAGACUGGCGUAAGAGGAGUCUUGUGGAUAAGAAUGAAUAUGUUCUGAAGAAGAAUCUUUUCACAGAUGUAUGUUUCAUUGUUGGUGAAGAAAAAAAGAGAUUCCAAGCAAUCAAGAGCAUCCUUUCAGUCGGGAGCCCAGUUUUUGCAACCAUGCUAAGUGAACGGUGGUCAUCUGAUGAAAGCGAAAUUGAGAUACCUGAUGUAAAGCCAGAUGCUUUCUAUGAACUGCUCAGAUUCAUUUACUGUGAAAAAGCUGAACUUCGCUGCGAUGCUUGGCCUAUUUUAUAUGCAGCGAUAAAAUAUGAUGUAGAAGCAUUGAAGAAUAAGUGUAUCGAUUUCCUCAAAAAUAGUCUGUCUAGUGCAAAUGUUUGUUUUCGAUUAAUGAAGGCGAAAUUUUUGGGAGAGACAGAACUCAUAGAUGCAUGCUCCCAAAUGUUAGCCGAAGAGGCAACCAGUGCAAUUUCUCUUUGCUCAAAAUCUGAUGAUACACACACGCUGAGUCACAAAGAGUGUUUUCUCGACCUUGACAUCGAAACUAUUUGUUUCAUCUUGGAAAUGAAGCAUCUCAAAAUCGAAGAGGUCUCUUUAUUCCAAGCGCUUCUUGGGUGGGCGAAAGUUGAAUGCCUGAGACAAGACUUGGAUGCGAGCAUUGAGAAUAUGAAGUCUGUCUUGAAACAAGCCCCCUCAUUAAUUCGGUUCAGACUGAUGUCUCCAAAGGAAUUUACAGAGGUUGUUUCUGCCUCAGGCAUCCUUUCUACAGAAGAGGAACUAUCCAUUUAUGUAUACUUGAACUCCAAGCCAAGACCUGAAAACCUCAGACCAGUCCCUCGCUUUCCAAAAUCAAUCCAACUUUUAGUCUUCUAUGAACCAACACAGAAAAUUUUCCGUACAGAAGCAAAAUUAUUGGACACGGUUGCAGAAUUAUAUCCUAUUAUAUCGACGAAACUGGAAUACGGGGCAGGCGCUAGUCUCAUGUCCCCGAGGCCUUACAUUUCGUGGUAUCAUGAAAAUAUCGAACUGAUCGAGUCUUGUCCACUUUUAGAUUAUGGAAUUGAUAAUGAGUCGUUGAUUAUCAUCCGUUUAAGGGCAUUCGUGCCCACGUGUGAUUUCCAAAAGGAAAACCAAGUCCAACUAACACCAAUCCUCAAUCCAUUUCCCUUACGUGGAGACUUCACCUUUCGACUAAACCAGAACUAAGGCAUAUUUUGGACCCAUUUUACUAAACGCAUUACUCAUGGAGACAUAUCCAGGAUCUCUCAGUAACACUACCCUCUGUUGUUUACACCAUAUUUUUCCUAUUUCAGAAUCCAUGAAACUUUUUCUCAAUUUACUUUUGCAAUUUUAUUUCAAUCACUCAUUUUCUUUGCCACGUUCUGUAGUAUUAACAUUUUCUUGUCCCCUCUCUCCUAUAGCUAUAGUGUCUUCUAGUUAUUUUUAUCCUUCUUUUACGCAUACAUCACAAAUGAGAAAAUUAUCCCUGCUGUCUUUCCCUAUCAACUAGACAGAUUAAAUGGACUACAUUUUGCAAUUUGGACAUAUAGAUUCUAGCCCGGUUUAAAAACAAUGUAUGUGCCAAUAGUUUCCCUAAGCAUAUAAGUGUUUUUCUAGAAGAGCCAGAAUUUAUAGUUCCAAAUUUCAAAAUGCAGUCCAAAUCAAAAUCAACUUUAUAUCAUAAUAAUCUCACAUGUUUCACUUUUUUUAAUAACAAAACCAAGCAUUUUUUUGACUUGAAAUUCCUUAAGUAUAUGAAACCAUGUAUCUUUAAACAGCGUAUGUUGAGAAAAUCUUGUUCAAAAUGUUCAGUGCUAAGCAUUUUGAUGUCCGUAAAGCAAAUCAUGUUUUGGUGAAGGAAUUUAUCCUAGAGCAAGUCUUUUUUUAAUAAAUGAGCUUUAAGACUUAAAUUUAAUUUUAAAUUAAAAAAAGACUUUAAAAUAUUUUCACCAAAUAUCAUUUGAGGUACGUACAUUAAUUUUAAAAAAAGACGACAUCUGCCGUUUAUAGAGAGAACUUUUUUUACGUAUAAUAUAAACCACUAAACCAAUCUAAAAGAAGUAUAUUAAUUCAAAUGAAUCAAAGGAUUAUCCUUGGUGAAUUCUUUAAUGAUGUUUCAAAAAAAAAAAAAAAAAAUAAACAUUUUGUAACUUCUAAAUAAAAAAUAAGGAACAAAUUUUAUAAUGAUUCUUUUAAAAUAGGAAAUAAUGAAGAUGUCAUCUUUCAAUGGUAAAAUGUAAGAAGAUACAGUAGGUCUUAUUCAUUCUCAUGAAGGCCUUGUCUUCAUGGGGAAUUUUCAGGAGAUUUGUUCCACAGUAGGAAUUUCGGCGAUAUUUUGCCUUUCCUGUCCAAACAGGGUGGGACUCGAACGUUUUUCCAACAAGUUUGAACCGGAAGAUGAAUCAUUAUAAAUUGAGUGUUUAAACGAAAUCAAGUUAAUGAUUGAACACAAUUGACUACAUAAAUUAUUAAAACAACAACAAAAUUAUUAAACACUGAUUAAAGAUUUAUUUAGAAUGUGACAUAUAAAUAUGUAUUCUUUGAUAUUUGCAUUUCCCUCCCUGUCUCUGUCUGGUGUCUGUACUCCUAUUGGCGGAUCCAGUCACAUGACUUGAUCCACCAAUGGGAGAGGCGGACACCAGAUAGAGAGAGGGACGGUUAUGCGAAGACGCCAUCUUACUUCACUUCGGUCCUUGUCGUUUAAGCAGGUGCGUACAAGUCUUCGUCACUCCAAAUGUGAGUUUUCUUAGGGGGAAAUUACCCUUUUGGGGUGAUUUCUUUAGUCAUGUCUUCUUCAUUUGUGUUCGGGCCGGUCGGCGAGUCUCCCUAUCAUCCAUAUAUCCGUGUAUUCUGAUUUUCUUUGCGUGCUUUCCCUGUGCUGCCCCGGCAGCAUCGUUACAAGAAUAUUAAGGACGUUAUUAAGCACUCAUCAACAAUUAUUCUAUUACAUAAAUUAUUUAAUUUUAAUUUAAUGAACAUCAGCAAUGAAGUAAACAACAAAAUAUGACGCGUUUUUCUUUCACUUCUUCCUCUUUCUCAGUAUUUCCUCUCGGAAGUUGAACGGUGGUCAGUAUUGAGUAACUUGAAAUUUUUUGCCACUUCAUGAGUGAGAUUUUUGACAGCCACAAAUCUCCUGGGAACCACCCAUUGAGACAAGGCUUUAAUUACCUGCAUAAUGUGCUCAUUUCAUAUGUAUACGUGAUUCCCAAAAAGAUUAAUUAGCCUCAGCGAGUUCUGACAUCCGCUGUUUUUAUAUAAAACAUUGAUUUUUAUUCAUAUUUCAAUAGAAAAUUAUACAAAAAGUCUGAAAUUUAGUAUCAACACUCUUGGAAGUUUUCAGAUCUUAAAGAAGCGUCAUCUCUAGAAAUGGCGGUCGCCAAUUUCCAUUGUUUAUACAUAUAUGGCAUCAUAUUUGCUAUAGUGUAGGGGAAAUUCAUUGAAAGUUUCAAAAUGUUAUGUUGUUUGAUUCCAAAAAUGAAAAUCUGAGAGAAAAUUGGGGAACGUAAAAUGUAGUCAAGCUGUUUUUGGUUUAUGCCUUCCAAUUGAUAGAAGAUAAAAGACUGGUACAUUCUGAGAAAUGCUAUUUUAAUAUUCUGAUACUAACUCUAGGUACAAUACGCUCUGUAAUAUUCUAAUAUUCUAUUGUUCAUUGAUGGACCUGUAAACAUGCUUUCAAAAUCUCAGGGAAACCAAUAUUAUCAAUUACCGAA